AUGUUGUCAAGUGGUUCACAACAACAAGACGAUUCAGCGAAUAGUAAUAGUGCCGCGACAGGAGAAGGAGCAGCCACAACAACAGAAGGAUCGGUAGUAGGAACAGCAGCAGCAGCAGCAGCAACAGUAGUGUCAGGAGGAACAGGUUUAAUGAAUAACGGAACGUCUAGUACUAGUAAUAAGGAUUCUUCUAAUUCGGAGAUGAAUGUUAAGGAGGAAGAGAUGGUACUUGGGGAGAUUCAGGAUGAUAAGGAGAAUAUUCUCAGUUCAUCCAAUGUUUUAAGUGGGGAUAUGAUGGUUGGGCAGAUUUUGCCUGAUCAGCCGGACCUGCGUAUUAUCCAUCGUAAGAUAUCGGGGUAUGUUGGGUUUGCGAAUCUUCCCAAGCAGUGGCAUCGGAAGUCUAUCCGUCGUGGGUUUAAUUUGAAUUUACUUUGUGUUGGUGCGAAGGGUUUGGGUAAGUCUACGUUGAUUAAUACGUUGUUCAACAAGGAGUUGUAUAAUACGACGAAGCAGGAUUACGACGGGGUCGGCGGCAACGGCGGGGGUGCCGGUGGGGGCGGGCCCGGCGGCGCCGGAGGCGUUGGGGGAGUGUCCGAUCAGAUGAAUGGGUUGAAGAUGGAGGAUUCCGAGGAUGCGGAGGAUGGCAGGAAUAACAAGGAAGGGGGCGUUGAGAACAAGGUCAGGAUCGAGACGGUGACGACGGAGAUCGAGGAGAACGGGGUUGUUUUGAAGUUGACCGUGGUGGACACGCCUGGGUUUGGUGAUGCUAUUGACAACACGGAUUCUUGGAAGCCUAUUGUGGACGAGAUGAAUUCGCGGUUCGACCAGUAUUUGGAUGCCGAGAAUAAGAUCAACAGAACCACUAUUGAGGAUAAUAGAAUCCACGCGUGUUUGUAUUUUAUCGAGCCCACGGGCCACUGUUUGAAGCCACUAGACUUGGAGUUCUGCAAGCAGGUGCACGACAAGUGCAACUUGAUUCCUGUUAUUGCCAAGUCGGACAUCUUGACCGAUGAGGAAAUCGAGCAUUUCAAGUGGACCAUCAAGAGGCAGCUCGACGACGCCAAAGUCCAGUUGUUCCAGCCUCCUCGCUAUUUGCUCGACGACGAGGAAACACAAAAGGCUACAAGGCAGUUGUUCUCCAAGGUCCCAUUUGCCGUUGUGGGAUCCACGCACGAGGUCGCCACCUCCGACGGCAGAACUGUCAGAGGCCGUUCUUACCCAUGGGGUAUCAUCGAAGUGGACAACGAGAAGCAUUCAGACUUUGUGUAUCUACGUGAUCUAUUAAUCAGACAGUACUUGGAAGAACUACGUGAAAGAACAAAUAACGAGUUGUACGAAAAGUACAGAUCUGAAAAAUUGACCAAAAUAGGUAUCAAGCAGGACAAUUCUGUGUUUAAGGAAUUCGAUCCCGAGUUGAGACAGCAAGAAGAAAAACAUCUACAUGAAGCUAAAUUGGCAAAGUUAGAGGCUGAAAUGAAAGCGGUAUUCCAACAAAAAGUUUCCGAAAAGGAAAAGAAGUUACAAAAAUCAGAGGCUGAAUUAUUUGCAAGACACAAAGAAAUGAAGGAAAAAUUGAUGAAGCAAUUGAAGGCUUUGGAAGAAAAAAAGCAUCAAUUAGAAAUGUCGUUGGCUAACCAAAGCUCACAAUCUCCAGCUCAACCAAAGAAGAAGGGAUUCUUGCGUUGA